CAACCUCACUUCCGACGCGACCAUCUCAAAUCCGCGUCCCUCUACCACCCAUUCAUUUCAAUCUCCAGCUCACAUCAUGAGUUUCGUACCAAUUAACCCCCGUCCGUUCCUUCAAAACCUCGUCAACGAAGAAGUAAUCAUCCGUCUAAAAUGGGGCGGUCAAACCGAAUAUAAAGGAAAGCUUGUCAGUAUCGACAGUUACAUGAAUAUCCAAUUAUCCGGCGCCGAGGAAUGGAUUGAUUCGGAAAUGACGAGUACUUUGGGUCAAGUCUUGAUUAGAUGCAAUAACGUGCUUUACAUAUCAGCCGCACAAAUCAAGAAGGAAGAGGAUGAUACGAAGAUGGAGGGAUGAUUCUGUGAACUUGCGACUUGACAAAUGGAUAGAUGGAUGUGGAAACCAUAACGGACUGAAGGAUAGGAAAGCAAGAGAGGUCCAAUGGGAAAUUUGAUAGAUACCUAGUAUGGGAGAAAAUAUG